AUGAAGGAAUUGGACCAUGAAAAUAUUGUGACUCUAUACGAUGUUAUUCACACAGAAAACAAGCUUACUUUGGUAUUUGAGUUCAUGGAUAAGGACUUGAAAAAGUACAUGGAAGCACAUGGUAACCAGGGAGCGUUGGAUUUGAAAAUUGUCAAGUCAUUUAUUUUCCAGUUAUUAAAGGGAAUAAUGUUCUGCCACGAUAAUAGAGUAUUGCACCGUGAUUUAAAGCCCCAGAACUUAUUGAUUAAUAAUAAGGGAGAAUUAAAGUUAGGUGAUUUUGGACUUGCAAGGGCUUUUGGGAUUCCUUUCAACACAUUCUCCAAUGAAGUCGUGACAUUAUGGUAUAGGGCCCCAGAUGUGUUGUUGGGAUCGAGAGCUUAUACUGCGUCAAUUGAUAUUUGGUCAGCCGGUUGUAUAUUUGCAGAGAUGUGUACAGGUAAGCCAUUAUUCCCAGGUACUUCAAAUGAUGACCAAUUGAUUAAAAUAUUCAGAUUAAUGGGUACCCCUAAUGAAAGAACGUGGCCAGGUGUUUCGUCGUAUGCCAACUUCAAGAAUAAUUGGCAAAUAUUUGUUCCACAAGACUUGAGAUUGUUAAUUCCAAACUUAGAUUCAAUGGGACUAAACUUAUUAAGUAGUUUGUUGCAAAUGAGACCAGAUGCAAGAAUCACAGCAAGACAAGCGUUGCAGCACCCAUGGUUCCAUGAAAUUUCAAACCCAAAUCCGUUAAUGCAACAUUUGGCAGACCCGUACCAGCAACAGCAGCAACAAGCCCAACAGGUGCAACAACUGCAACAGGUGGAUCCUCAGACAUAUCGAUAG